CUAGGUUACUCCCCCCGUUCGAACGGCUAUUUUUUGGAACCUUUUCCUUCUUAGGUUUAGGGUAUUGAGUCUUAAACCGCUCCUCUGUCGCCUUCUGCUCCCUUUCGAAGCCACCUGAAUAAACAUGGCGUCUGAAAUUGAAAGUAACAAUCGGGACGUUCAAAUCCUUCGUUCCUAUGAGCUUCGACUCCUCCGUUGCACCCUCUCUCCUCCCUCGCACACCAAUUCUCAACCCGAACCAAUUGGUUCUCUGCAUCUCCAUCUCCAUCUCCAUCAUAUCCUCGUUUGUCUCGAGACCGGUGACUAUGUCGGAGCUCUUUCCUCGGACGCUGGGAGGAUUGUUUUCGGCUCCUCUUUUACCUUCCACUCAAUUGAGUCUGCCGAGGGUUUCUACUCUGAGUUGAUUGGCCGAGUCGAAUCGUUUAUGUUGAAUGAACCGGAGGAUGAGUAUGCGAGUGCCUGUAGAAUUAUUCUGGUGAUGUGCGUAGCGGUUGCCGCGCUUUUUGCGUUCACUCAGUGUAACAUGACCGGUCCACCGGAGGAAUUGUCCAGUUGUCCUCUGCCAUUGGUGAACAUUGAAAGUAUUCAAUUCGUGGAGUGGGAGAAUUGGGCGCGUAAUCAGCUUAUAUCUGCAGGGUCUGACUUAAUUGGAAAGUUUUCUAAAUGUCAGUUUCUGGUUCUUGCUAAGAUGUUGCUCAUGAGGAUGAGAGAUUUCUUAUUUGAAGGAAGUCUUUCAUCGACGUAUGGAAUUCGAAGCAUUUCAUGGUGGCUUGCUAGGCUUCUACUAAUACAACAAAGAAUUUUGGAUGAGCGUUCUUCUUCAUUGUGUGAUUUAUUGCAAGUCACCUUGGGGGAAACUUUACAUCAUUUUGGCACUUUCAAAAAAGUAUAUUGUUACUGGGGUACAGAGUUGCAUGAUGGAGAAGCUUCUGCUAUUGCAUCAGUGGUCCACCUAGAAGCAGGAAUAAACGAAUACAUCUACGGGCGAGUUGAUCCAUGCAGGAAGCACUUUGAAUCAGCUGAAGAGGCAGCUGGGAUCCAACUGUCUGUUACUGGAGUUCUUGGCUUUCGUACAGUUCAUCAGGUAGAUCCAAAGGCACAGAGGGUGCUUAUCACGAAGACAGUGCCAUCGAAUGGCGCCGGCACUUACCCUGCUGUAACCACUGGCAUUCAGACACAUGAUUGUACUGUUGACAAAAAUAAAAAUGAAACCAAUGAACCCGAUGAAACCUGUGACAUAUAUAUGACGCCAAAGUUGCUUGAAAAGGGUAGUGACUUUGAAAUUAACAUACAAAGUAUUCAAAAUGCUGGUCAUGCUGCUGCCCCUCUAACGGAAAUACAACAAGCAGUGAUUCUAGCGCAUUGCCUUCUUAUUGAAAAGAGCAGUCGGCAAGAUGAAUUGCAAAGAUGGGAUAUGGCUCCAUACAUAGAGGCAAUUGAUUCACAGCAGUCGUCCUAUUUUACUUUACGUUCUUUUUGUGACAUAUUACGCAUACGGUGGGAGUUAACCCGCAGUCGGACAAAGUGGCGUGCUUUGGAAUUGAUGGAAAAAUUGGUCAAGGGCAUUCAGGGGCCUUCUCCUGGCGUUGCAGAAAGAAUUCCAUUUAUUUGCUCUGUUUAUCUCCCUGUUGUUCCAGCAUUGCAGAAGGAAUAUGGUGAAACUCUGGUGGGCUGUGGUUUGAUAGGAGAGGCGAUCACAGUUUUUGAGGGUUUAGAGCUUUGGGACAACUUAAUCUACUGUAACUGCCUUUUGGGGAAGAAAGCUGCAGCAGUUGAACUAAUCAAAACAAGGCUGUCUGAAUUGCCCAAUGACCCAAGAUUAUGGUGCUCAUUGGGUGAUGUUACAAAUAACGAUGAUUGCUAUGAAAAAGCGCUGGAAGUUUCAAAAAAUCGGUCAGCUCGGGCUAAGCGCUCUCUUGCUCGUAGUGCAUACAAUAGAGGGGACUAUGAGAAAUCUAAACUCCUUUGGGAGUCUGCAAUGGCAUUGAAUUCUUUGUAUCCUGAUGGUUGGUUUGCUCUUGGUGCUGCUUCCUUGAAGGCCAGGGAUGUAGAAAAAGCUUUGGAUGCUUUUACCCGUGCUGUGCAGCUUGAUCCUGAAAAUGGGGAGGCCUGGAAUAAUAUUGCUUGUUUGCAUAUGAUCAAGAAAAGGAGCAAAGAGGCUUUCAUUGCGUUUAAAGAAGCCCUGAAGUUCAAACGAGACAGCUGGCAGUUGUGGGAGAACUACAGCCAUGUUGCGAUGGAUGUGGGCAAUAUUGGUCAGGCUUUGGAAGGUGUGCAGAGGAUCUUCAAUAUGACUGGCAAUAAACGAAUUGAUACUGAAUUAUUAGAGAGAAUCAUGCUGGAGAUGGAGAAGAAGUCUGUUGAUAAACAUUACGUGUCCAAUGCAUCAGCAAAUGAUCUAAAUGGAAGCAGUCAAACUUUUCCGGUGGAUCCUCAUGUAGAUUCUGGAAAUGAAUCUGUCGAUGUAGAAUUUGCAGUUGGAAGUUCAAGGGAAACUGAGAACUUGUUGGAGUUUCUUGGCAAAGUUCUACAACAGAUAGUUAAAAACACAAGUACAGCAGAGAUAUGGGGCUUAUAUGCAAGGUGGUAUAAAAUCAGAGGGGAUUUCACAAUGUGCUCUGAAGCCCUCUUAAAGCAAGUUAGGUCAUAUCAGGGAUCUGAUUUAUGGAAUGAUGGAGGGCGGUUCAAGAGGUAUGCUCGUGCAUCCUUAGAACUUUGUAAAGCAUACAUGGAAAUUUCUUCCUCUACUGGUAGCCGUCGUGAACUCUUUACCGCUGAGAUGCACCUGAAGAAUAUAAUUAAACAGGCUGACAAUUUUUCAAAGACUCAAGAAUUCAGGGACAUCCAAGCUUGCCUUGAAGAGGUGAAGAUGAAACUCCAAUCUGGUUAGGUGUCGGGAUGAACUUUCCGGUUUCUUGGAUGUGUCUUCUGGUUUCUGAAGAAAGAUUGAAGGCGCAAUCCUUCUUUCGGAUGGGGCUUGUUAUUGUACAGGAUUUCUUGAGCGCAUUGGACCCUGAUCAGCUGAUCCUCAAUGGAUGCAUGGUCAGGAUUAAGUGAGGCUUCAGUCUGCUUAAAUUGACGCCUAGGCACAGGCCCGGUUAUUCGGUCUUCGGUCCUGAAACCCUCCUUCAGCAAGGUUGGCCGACUUGGCCCAACCAAAUGUUUUCUGUUGUACCAAAGAUUUUGACUAGAUUAUUUAUUUAAUAAAUAUAUAGUUCUCUCUUUGUUGGAUUUUGUACAUUUCAUCUAAUUUGACAGCCGUGUCAUGGGGGGGAAUUACGGGAGUGUAAUUUUUGUGUUCAUAUUAUAUGUAUGUGUAUGAACAACUCAAUAAAGUUUGAUGCAUUAGUGAAA